UGCGACGCCAAAAUCGGCUCUAAUGUUAAAAUUUUCGCCCGAGGUAGUGAGAUUUUCUACGGAGUACGCCCGUGAGCAUGCAUUUAAUUGCUUCUCCGUGAACUUGCCCUAGCUUUUGUAAUUAUCGAACGAUAUUCAAUUCGCAACCAUGGCAAAAAGCAAGCCGGCCUCUGGGCCCAGUUCCAGACCCCAAAGAACGCAAAAUCCAUACCUGUUGCUUUACAACUCGGCCUCUUUUCUUCUCUGGUCCUACAUCCUGGUCACGGCGUUCACCACAUACCUCUCCGCCGGCAAUGCCGCCGUCUGGAACCGCCUGCAUCUGGCCGUGAGAUGGACCGAGACACUGGCGGCACUCGAGAUCGCGCACGCCAUUUUCGGCCUUGUACGUGCCUCGCCCCUGACGACGGCGGUGCAGGUCGCUGGCCGUAAUACCCUCGUCUGGGCCAUCUGCCGCAACUACCCCGACGUCGCGGCCGCCAACUGGGCAUACACCUCCAUGGUCAUUGCUUGGUCGGUGGCUGAUGUGGUGCGUUUUGUGUACUUUGCCCUGGAUGGGGUUUUUGGUCAGGUCCCUGGGUGGUUGGUCUGGUUGAGGUACAACAUGUUCAUUGUUCUGUAUCCGCCUGGUAUACUGUCGGAAGCCUGGCUAUGCUACAAAAUCAUCGAGCCGUCCAAGUCUAGGAACCCUAUGUACCAGUACCUUCUCUGGACCGGGAUCACAUUCUAUGUCCCUGCGUCAUACGUUCUCUUCAGUCAUAUGUUCUCUCAGAGACGCAAGAUGGCGCAGAAGAAUGCUGUCACUGCGAAACCACAGGGCAAGCAACAAUGAAGCUGCAUGGAUUGCUGAUGACUAGAUCUAUGUCCAGCUCAAACAGGUAGAUGCUGUUAGCAUUAGAUAUCUUGCUUGUAAAUGCAAGUGAGGCGUCUUACCGGUCAGAGCUGCCCCCGUAUGCAACAAGAUCCUGCAUUUUGUCUGUCCGUCAUUUUUGUGACAUGCCCUGCCAUGGUUGCUUCUGUAUACAAGUAUGCGGAAUGUAUCAUCAAACGUCUUCUCGAGUUUGAAAGUGAGUAUUCCAUAAUGACAGCAGUCCAAGGAGCUACAUUGGCUUGCCCGCUUGCCAUUCCAAAACUUUUGGCAUUUGCUCUUGUCAACUAGGUAUCUGAUCCAAAUGCAAUCCACAAAGUCUGAG